AUGCAUAGUAAGCGUCUCCAACCAUUAACUACAAUACAAGAAGAUACAGAGUUUAUUUUUACAGUUUUUCAGGCUCAGAACACUAAAUUGAGACAACAAUUCUUCAUGGCAAAGCACCUCAAGGACUUCCUCGAACUCUCGUGCGACGAACUGAAGUUCUAUCUUCGACAUAGAGCUAUUCCAGUCAGUGGAAAUCAUUCAGACCUAGCAGCACGUGCUCUGGUUGCGUUUGAACAAAACGUCUCAGUAAAAAGUUCUGCUGAAGACUUGACAAAAGCUUUACAACAUGAAUACAAAGCACUACUUAAAUCGCUUGAUAUUCGACAAGAUCCUUUAGAGAGGAUAGAAUGGAACAACGAUCUGUCGAACUGGCCAAAGGUUGAUCUUGGCAAGAUUUUUUCUUACAUAUUAGAAAAUAAGGCCUUUUCAACUGAAUAUAUCUGUCAAUACAAAGUCAGAAAGGCUUACUCGCACUUCAAAAGUGGUUUUGUUCACGAAGUUUUGUCCUCAACAUUGCCAACAGGGAACAUUUUACUUUAUUCUGCGGUAACACCAUCGACCAAAGUCAGAGAGAAGCCCCAUAAAGUCUGGGUUGCUUGUAAACCCACAGAAGAGACUCUUUGUGGGUACUGUAGUUGUACAGCAGGGCACAGUAAAUGCUGCAAUCAUAUUAUUGCUGUACUUUAUAAAGUUGAAUUUGCAAACCAACAGGGAGUAACAAAUCCAUCUUGCACUGAAGUGGCUUGCUACUGGAAUUCUUCUUCCAAAAAAGAAGUCAGGCCUAUGAGAGUUAAAGAAAUGAACUUUCAAGCUCACAAACUAAAGAAUUCAACUGCCCAAUUCUCUCUCAAUAACAUUCUAAAACAGGAGUUUGAUGGAAGACCAUUGGCUAUGAGACAUAUUUCUAAUGAAAAGAAAUAUUCUUUUCUCGCCUCAGUCCGCACCGCACUUCCUGAUGCUGUGCUCAACAUUACGUAUGCGCCCACAAACGAAGAAGAUGUCCCCCCUACAUUGCAGGAGCUAGCUGAUCAAGUGUUAGCAACAUGCACUUCACAAGAGGAAAGUGAGCUUGCCAACUCAUUUUCACAGUUAUUGUCAUUUAAUGAAAAUAGUCUAAAGGAACUAGAAAAGGCAACUCGAGACCAAUCACAGUCUUAUGUUUGGAUUCAGCAGAGAAAAGAAGAAUUGCUGCCUCCAACUUUCAUGAAGUCUAUACCAAGGUUAAGACAUUAUUACGGCAAAGAGGUAAAGAGGUGAAAAUAAAGGUUACACCUCUUUUGGCCAAGCUCAUGGAGCCCAAGGAUUUGAGCUCCAUUCCAGCCAUCAAGUGAGGGAGACUGCACGAACGA